AUGAUGUCAUCAAAGCACCUGACCUGCGGUUGGCUGCAGCAGCUACUCGUUGUACUUCUGAACCUUUGCCUCACUUUUGCUGGGCCUUUGCGACCACUCAAUGGGACAGAAUGCACAGCCAAGGGUCCUGCUUCCUACAUCCUGGUCUUUACAGGUCACUGGAGCCCACAGGCCUUCCCUAAGCAGUAUCCACUCUUCCGGCCCCCUGCACAGUGGUCCAAACUCAUAGCGGUCAGCCAUAAUCGCCAUUUUCGGCUGUGGGAGGAGGGUGCUCCAGCCAGCGCAGGGGUGCAGAACUUCGCCGAAGUCGGGGUGACAGUGGAGCUGAUGAAGGCCGCCAAGGAGGCCAGAAAGAGACGCGCAGUCGGUGCCAUGCACCGAACGGCCGGCAUCCCUAACGGCAUUGGGCACAGCUCCACGGAGUUGCUCAUGCAGCCCCGGAGUUCACUGUUGUCUCUGAUGGUAAAGAUGGUCCCCAGCCCCGACUGGUUCGUUGGCGUGGACAGCCUAAACCUCUGUGAGGGCAGCCGGUGGAAACAGGAAGUCACCAUUGACCUCCAGCCUUAUGAUGCCGGGACAGACAAUGGAUUCACUUUCUCUUCUCCAAACUUUCCCACCAGCCCCCCAGAAAACAUCACAAAGAUCACAUCUCAGAUGCCAAACCAUCCAGCCAACUCCUUCUACUAUCCACGUUUAAAGGAGCUUCCACCUAUUGCCAGCAUAAAGAUAACUCAACAGAGCAGAUCAUCUGACCGCCAAACCCCAAUGUCCAAUCAUAUUCUGCCAAACUCUAUUAUUCCUAAGCGCUUCUCAGCGACACCAUUGGACUGUGAAGUGUCUCUCUGGUCACCCUGGGGUUUGUGUCUUGGUCCCUGCUCUAGAGGUGGUGUCCGCCACCGCACACGUUACAUCCUCUUGCGGCCGGCCAAUGCUGGCGUCCCCUGCCCUGAGCUUGAGGAACAGACUGAAUGUGUACCACACAGCUGUAUGAGACUCCAGUAACCCACAGCGUGCACAAGCACAGAUACUGCCAGUAUUCAACACUGGGACUCUCAUGUUAUUACUGCUGGACUGAGAAAUGUUGCUGCAUUUUGAGCAUCUCCUUGAUAAUGCAAAGGAUUUUUGUGUUUGUCACAGUCAAAUUGUGAAAACCUGUGCAGCCCGUUAAUAUUAGAGUGUACACUCCUCUGGGUGUAUUUUAAUGGCAAUAAAGGAAAAUUUAAGUCUGAGUGUUGGACAGUUAAUAAAUGUUUGAGAUAACACUUUGAAUGUGUUCAGAUAAAAAGUGAUUUUUAUAAAUUCAUGUGGAUGCAGAGUAGAGAAAAUUAAGAGGCAAAAGUGGCCCUCUUUAAAGACCAGUUUGAGACUUAUUAUAGUUUGUUAAUUAUCAACAAAUAUAUGCAUUUAAUCUGUACGCUUAUCGUGGCACACCAGAGUCAGGAAUCUUCCACACACUGUUACAUGUAUGCACACAAUCCUUGCACAUACUGCAUACUUUUACAGGCAUGGAGGUAUUAGUUUACAACCUAUACAUGUUUGGCACAUGCAUCUUAUUCAAAAUAACCUCACACCCCAACCCCGAUUUAUAAAUAUCACCUUUCACAAGAAACACCUAAUAGCUGACUUGGCUUCGAGCUAGUCUGAAGAAGCUGGCCUAUUUUAUAAUAAGAUACUUUUUUUAAGAAAGGUUUUUAUAGAAAGAAAGAUAAAUAUUUGUAUUAUUAUAUCUUUUGAUAUUUCAAUGUUGAGAUUUUGUAUAUACUGUAUGAUGUAUCUUAUCUUGUAUAACUCAUGAAUAAAUAUGGAGGUGUGUUUUUCAA